ACAUACCACCGGGUUACACCGGGGGAGAAACUGAAACUUUGGGUAUGUUUGUGUAGAUCGUCGUAUCGCCAUACAGAGCAUGUACAGAGUCACCCUGCCAGUGUCCACAAGCACAAAGGCAACGGACGCAGCAUUCCAGCGCAGGUGUGCCAACCUGCAACCCACCAACAGCAUUUAAGUCAGAGAUCUUAAGAUACUCUGUUCGUUCGCCCUAAAGCCGUGCUUUCGUGCAACGUUAUAGGAGGUCUUGAUAUCCCUAACUUUAACGCCUACUCCCACUCGCAUGGUGGUGACCAUGUCAGGUCCCGUCAAUGGUCCUAAGAGGUUCGCCGCAGAUCUGUCCGAGCUUCAAACGUGCGCUAGCUUCAAGUCAACGUCAGCAAGCAACAGUAGGAGAUGGACUGUGUAUGACAUCAAAGCUGGCGAUGAAGAAGGAUCCUUCAAGUUCGAUCUCGUCGAUGCACAUAUCCUGACAGAAUCCUUGAACAGGUGUGGAGAUGGAAUGACACCGACAACAACGAUAAACAUCUUCAUUUCAGACACGUCCGAAUAUCCUCAUAACCAUACCUUCUUCGGCUACACUCAAGACGAUGCAUUCGUCACACCCCAAAUUUCUAACUCCAUCAAAAAGUUGUCAGAUCGAAAAUCGUGCACGGUAAAAGAUGUCGUCGAGUUUUUCUUGGAAGAGUUGCCUCGUGGCUGCAAUGCCAUAUCCAUCAACGAUCAUAACGAAGAAGGUGGGCUCGAAGGACUCGAAGCAGACGCUGGGAGGGAGGACAUGGACGCGCUGAGCUCUAGUUUCGAUGAAGACCACUUUGACGAACAAUCUUCCCAAUAUAUGGAUUUGGAUUUCGAACCUUCUUCUGUGCCUCAAUUACAAAUUAGUCGACUGUGCAAAGACUUCACUGAAGCAAGGGAUGCAGGCUAUCACCCCGGUAUUAUCCGUGCGGGCGGCGGCGAAUUCUACCUGUCCAUAUCAUUACCUGUAAUCGACCUAACUGCCUGCAUCCCUCCGCAUGCGUUAUUCGCCUGGGACAGACAUUUCUUGCAACCUGGUCAAUGUCUUACUCUCCUCAUAUCCGGAUUUCGAGGGUUCUAUCCGGUUCUCGGUCGUGAUGGUUCUGUGAUUCCCGACGCUGCGUUCGCAAGCGUCGCACUCAGAUUCAAAUUGGGACUCUCAUCGAACUAUAAACCUCCUUUAGACCAAGUUAGAUCCGCCUUCCGUCAAUACAUUCAUGUCACAGAAUCGGAAGGGGGCGCUGCUGAUGGAUCUGCACAGUUGUUUGAAGAAAGGUUGCAACACGAAGUAGCAGGUGCAGGUGCUUUCAGGAAAAUGGGCUUGAGCGAUUCACUAGAGGACUUAUUGGACAAGUAUCUACUUCGCCUGAUCUGGCUGAGGAGGAGGAUCGGGUUGAGUUGGGCUGCUGCGGAAGAGUUGCUGUGGCAGUCUGAAGCUGCACUAGAUGAUCCCGAGAAUGUUUUUUCUAGAAAAGAGGAGAUGUUAUCUAAUGCAGACGAGGCUGAGAGGAAAUUAUCUGCUUCGUACCAACUGCCUGCUGAUCCCAUGGAGGCUGGAUCACCAGACAUCAACAUCAUCACGACCACUUUCGCGUUCUUGAUUAGGCGGCUUGCGCUCUGCGCCCGGAAUUGCGUCAUAUGUCACAAACGAUUCGAAAACGAGAAAUACGAAGCUCUGAAACCGUACGUGUGUAGCUCGAAUCUCUGCAUAUUCCAGUACUACGCACUGAAUUUUGGUCCUUCCUUGGAGUACGAAGUCGCCACCAACACAGAGACGGUGGAUUUAUUGGUCUCUUUAGCAUAUGUUGCAGCAGCGGAGGGCGCUCUUGAGGAACCCUUCCCGUGCGGAAUGGGUCUACGUGUCCCAGUUCCCCAAGGUAGCAUUGUCAUAGUCGACGACGACGGGUUGUGCGACUUUGAUGCUCUACCUGUUCAGGAGAUGCGUAAGACGAUAACGACGCUUUUGGAUAGACUUCCUCCGAUCGCCGCGAUGAAGCAGUUUUUAUUAAAGAACCCAACGGCGAGAUUGCAAGAUAUGGAUUCUCAGACUCCCCCGGCUGCUUGGUCCCUUUUGAAGUGGUGCUUCGCAUCAUGCACAGCACAUAUCCAGGAACUGAAGAACCGAGAAGACUUGCUUGGGAACAUCGGCGAUUCCUAUCGUCAGUUUCGUAUUAUGACAGGCGCGCCCGACAAAGCAGCCAAGUUCAACGCUGCACUGGAACAGGAGUCCCAUAUUACACCAUCGAGGUAUCCCACUAUAUUUGCUUUCCAUGGUUCUCCAAUGAAGAAUUGGCACUCGAUCAUCCGUCACGGACUAUGGUACAAACACAUCGUCAACGGACGAAGCUAUGGAAACGGGGUCUACUUCGCGGCAGACGGCUCAGUGUCGAUGUCGACGUAUGCCGCCCCAAAUUACUCAAGAUGGGGAGGCAGCAGCCUGAAACCCAAUAAAUGCCUCGUACUUGCGGAGAUCGUCAACGUUCCGUCGAGAUUCGUGUGCAGGUUUCCGUGUUAUGUCGUAAAUAAUACAGAUUGGAUCAUGUGUCGGUAUUUGUUGGUCGACUGUGGAGAUCAUGAUCCCACACAAGAAGCUAUCCAUCCCAAGGGUCCUAGAGGAGUAUUCCUAGAACAAGAUCCACAAUAUGAAGCUAAGGUCCAAAAUGUACCGAUCGACAUACCGAAACCAUCGCAUCACCUUGACAAGAUCCUAGAAGAGUGCCGUCAAGCACGAUUAUCUGUAGAGUAUGACCAAGACGACAUGUCAAUCUUCGGGGCAGCGGACGAGGUGCAACAAUCUGUCAUGCCUGCUAGCCUUGGUUCCCCAGCUAUGACUGCGGAUAUGGUGGUGACAACCGACCCCCCCCUCAGAUGGUUCCCAGACCAUGGAUGGACCGAGAAGAACGUUCUAGACUUGCCUCCGCCACCUAUCGAGUCCUCCACGGUAGCUACCAUGGCUCUGCACAGAGAGCUGAAAGUAUUGCACAAAGAACUACUGAAGGCUCGGAAGCAAAACGAGAUAGAGCUUCUAGGGUGGUAUAUUCCUUCUGAAUUUAACACAGACAAUAUCUAUCAAUGGGUUGUCGAGAUGCACUCCUUCGAUCCCGAGCUCCCAGUAGCUAAAGACAUGAAAGAAAGAGGCGUGAAUUCGGUAGUUCUUGAAGUUCGGUUCCCACCAAGCUUUCCACACUCGCCUCCCUUCUUCCGUGUCAUACGACCUCGUUUCCUGCCCUUUUCGCAGGGCGGAGGUGGCCAUAUAACGGAUGGGGGAUCGAUAUGCAUGGAUUUGCUAACCUCAGACGGAUGGCUUCCAAGUUAUAGUGUCCCGGCAAUUCUGUUGCAGAUCAAACUUGCGAUAUCGAACAUAACCCCUCGGCCUGCAAGAUUGCAUCCUCAGUACUGGGAUAGACCGUACACUGCCAAGGAGGCCUUGAACGGAUACACUCGCGCGGCAGCUUUGCAUGGGUGGAAGGUAUUGAACGCAGCAGAGAUCAAGACGCUCGUGACUAGCCAUUAGAAGGAAAUUAUGUCGUAGAGGGUCUUUCAUUUUUGCAUGUACUCGACCACAACGGGCAACAUAAUCGUUGCUCACUUGACACGGAGUAGAGUAAUAUCGGUCAGACGGCACAUGUACUUACACUAGUUAGGGAAGGUUUUCACAGAUGUUUUGUCAUGCUGUAGGCUAUUGCAGGACAUUCUAGGACAAUAGAUCCUCGUACCGAU